AGAUUAGGUUCGCACAUCCAGAUUGUCACCCACAGACUCAUGUGGAGGCUUCUACGAACAAGCGAAAGCAAGCAAGAAAUUCAAUUCAGGUCGCUCCAAGACCCACGUGUAACUUAAGUUAGCGCUUGCAUGCAGCUGCACUAUUGCUCAGAAGAGUCUAGGCUGGGGUUGGAUCUUGAAUCUUGAUUCCGCUUCAUCAAGAACUGCCUGCGAUCAACGAAUCCUCCCGUCCGUCAAGAAGCCCGUCCCACUGACAAAGAGCCGCAACCCAAUCGCUUACAGCUCAACCAACCAUAACAAACAGAGCUGUAUCUAGUCUGUUUCAUGCAUCACCAAACAUGGCACCCAAAAUCAACUCAAAAAACCUGUCUUACGACACCGAAGCAGCGGCACCGCCAUUCCUCGCUGCUCUAAGGGCUCAAGCUGCUGGUGCUACAGGGCCUGAUCCACUACUCGCUGCGCAACGGAGGUCAGCUAAGAAGCGCUCCAGCAGUGAGGAGGCAGAAGAUGUCCCGCUUGUCGUAGAUGAAGACGGAAACGUUGUGAGUCUUGAGGUCGACAAGGAUGGAGUUGUCAAAGACACUGAAGAUUACGACGUGGAAUCUGCAGCAGAGAAAGAAACCGCCAAAGAGUCAGAGAGCAAAGCUGCUAUUGGAGGAAGGAAACGAAAGGUUGGAAAAGUCAUCGGCGAGGCUGCUGAUGAGGCUAAGGAUGAGGGCAAAGGAGAGGACAAGAAAAAGGAGAAGGAUGAUGCCGAAAAGGAGUCAGCAAAGAAUCGCAAACCCAAAAAGAAGGCCAAAAAGAUUAAGCUGAGCUUUGACGAAGAUGAAGGUUGAACGCCAUGAGCGAGCUCAACGACACACGUUUCUCAUCACUCAGAGCUACCAUGAGCACCACAAGGAUCCCACUCAUAUAUCCAUCUACAGCCGGUAUACGAUGUUAUCACACGACUUUGAUAUCCAGCAUCGACCAGAUGAGAGCCCAGACUCCCACAAUCUCAGGACUGGAAGUCAGAAAAUAGAUGAGGGUGCGCCAGACGUACGGUCGAAUACUCGUCGUCUUGGGAAAGGGCACAUCUUAUUGGCAGUAUUGAGUUUCAUAACCGCAAAUGGAUGUUUCACAUCCGUAUCACGAAAUGACAUCACAAUCCAGCUAUACCCAGACUAUGGAAGCCUGGAAAGUCAUUCCUGAUGUAUACAAGCUCAAUUGGAUCAAACUGCUAUUGUCACAAACACAACA